AUGGCUUCCAAGGUUGUGAAGUGGAUUGCUAUAAGCUUCCUUGUGGCAUCCAUGUUCUCUAACUUUGAGAACGUCUGUGUUAAUGGCGACACAUAUACCGCAUUCAAUACCUAUGAUUCUGCUGGUCGUCAUUACUCCAUUGAUGGGCUAUAUUGCGCCGCAUAUGACUCUAAUCAGACACUAGAGUGGCGCAAGGAAUACCUUUGGACUGCCUAUUGUGACAAAGCCGGCCAGCCGAUGGAACCUUCCCUCUGCGGCACCUGCAUCCAAGUGACAAAUAAUUCGACGGGUCAAAGUGUGACAGUGAGAAUUCUGGACCGGUGCCAAAAUGGAGGAUUGGUUUUAGAAAUGGAUGCUUUUAUUGCUAUUGAUCGAAAAGGAAAAGGACAGCAUAAUGGCCAUAUGUUUACUACCUACAAGUUCGUGGGCUGUUAG